AUGGGUUCAUUAGUGAAAGGAGUGAUAAUCCAUGAGUCACUUCUUGUUCAUGAGUAUGCCACCGCCUCUUUCCACCCUUCUGCUCGCUCUCUUCUCCGCAAGCUCCGCCAUUCCAACCUCCACAAUGGAAUCUCUUACUCACCUUCUCUCCCUGACAAUAAGGUGGGAGUACUUAAAAAGAUGGCAAUAGAAUACUCCUUUGAUUGUUUUCUCUUGAAUGAUGAAUCAUCUAUUGGUGGUGUUAAUGAGAUUACACUUUCUUGGGGUGGCACUGGAGGGAAAAUUUUGUAUCUUGUUCCUAGUAGCAAGAAGGAUGCUUUUUGUCAAUUAAGCAAUUUGGGUUGGAUCAUUGUUGUUCUGGAUGUUGAAGGUGCUGGUGCAUGUGAGAAUUCAGGAGUGGUUUGCAUCAGUAAAGUGGAAGAGUUGCCUGUGAUAAUUUGUGGCUUAAAUAGAAAGGCUAUUGGGGAUAAAGCUGUGACUGUUGGUUAUAUUAUGAAGCCUUCUCGGGCAGAAGAUUUUGCUAAGAGGGGUGCUUUCCCCAUGAAUUCUACUCCAAAUGGUUUGAUGUUUCUACCCCUCACAUUUGAGCUCCCCCUACCAUCUCAGUUACAACUCGUUGACUUAGUUCUGCAUAAAGCAACUGAUGAAAUUAUAUCUGUUGACUUAAGUGGCUCUUCACAAUCCUCAAACAGAAUUACUUUCUCUCCGGGCAUACAGGAAUUGCAAAGGUAUAUGGAACAUCAUCCUGAUUGCUUUGCAAUUGAUCCUCUCGAUAAAAUAUAUCCGGUAUUGGAUCGGCUAAAAAUCCAACAAAUUCUUCUUGGGCUGGAUGAUCUCAACAAAGAAGGCCGUCGGGCGAUAAGAGGACCCCAUUUCCUAAAGGUAAAUGGUUUUGAUGACCCUGAUUUGGCACAAAGUCUGUCUGAAGCUAAACUAUCUCUUCCAAGUAUAGUGAAACCUCAAGUUGCCUGUGGAGUAGCUGAUGCUCACAGUAUGGCAAUCACCUUUAGAGUUGAAGAUUUUAAGGAUUUAGACGUUCCUCUUCCAGCAAUUGUUCAGGAGUACGUGGACCAUUCAUCUACUAUAUUCAAGAUUUAUGUCUUGGGGGAGAGAGUUUUCUAUGCAGUUAAGAAAUCUAUACCGAAUGUUGAUGUCUUGACCAUAUCAUCUGAAAGAAAUGAACUCGGACCUUUACUCUUCGACAGCUUAAAAUCUCUACCAACCGGUACUGAGCACUCUACAGCUGCAGAUUCCUUCAAGACCAAUAUUGAUUCUUUUGAUCUUGAGCUAGUCACUGAUGCUGCAAAUUGGCUUGCAAGACAACUUGAUCUUACCAUCUUUGGCUUCGAUGUUGUUAUUCAGGAAGGCAGUGCAGACCAUGUCAUUGUGGAUGUGAAUUAUCUCCCAUCAUUCAAGGAAAUACCUGAUGAUAUCGCUGUACCAGCCUUUUGGGAUGCUAUCAGACAGAAGUUCGAAUCAAUAAAGAGGAAAUAG